AUGCCCGUGGCCUUCGCCCUCUUGCUCCUCCUGAGCCAGGCCACCUCGGACCCAUGCUACCAUCCAGGGGGCCGGCCCCGCUUCUGCCUCCCGCCGGUGACCCAGCUGGCCGGCACCGUGCUCUCCUGUCCCCAGUCCUGCGCCUUCCCCGCAGCGGCUGAGGUCAGCCCCAGGGCCGCCUGCAACGGCAGCCUGACCCUGGCCCUGGGGGGGGCCUUCCUCCUGACAUCCGUCAGCCUGCGCUUCUGCCCCCCGGGCCCCCCGGCCUUGGUCCUGUCGGCCUCCUGGGCCACAGGAGGGCCCUGGAGAUCCCUGUGGCGCAGACCCGCCUGGCCUGGGGCCUUGGGGGGCCCCGAAAAGGUGACCUUCCGUGCCCCCCGGGGCUCCAAGGCCAGCGUGGUGGCCAGUCACCUGCGAGUGGAGUUCGGGGGCCGGGCAGGGCUGGCGGCAGCUGGAGUGAGAGGACGCUGCCAGUGCCACGGCCACGCCGCCCGCUGCGCGGCCCGGGCCCGGCCGCCCCGCUGCCGCUGCCGCCACCACACCACGGGUCCCGGCUGCGAGAGCUGCCGCCCGUCCCACCGAGACUGGCCCUGGCGGCCUGCCACACCCUGGCACCCCCACCCCUGCCUGCCCUGUUCCUGCAACCAGCACGCCCGGCGCUGCAGGUUCAACUCGGAGCUGUUCAGGCUGUCGGGAGGCCGGAGUGGGGGCGUCUGUGAGCGAUGCCGCCACCACACAGCCGGGCGGCACUGCCACUAUUGCCAGCCAGGGUUCUGGAGGGACCCUAGCCAGCCCAUCACCAGCCGAAAGGCCUGCAGGGCCUGCCAGUGCCACCCUAUUGGGGCAACAGGCGGCACCUGCAACCAGACCAGCGGGCAAUGCUCCUGCAAGAUAGGGGUCACUGGCCUGACGUGCAACCGCUGUGGUCCCGGCUACCAGCAGAGCCGCUCCCCCAGGAUGCCCUGCCAGCGAAUCCCAGAGGCAUCAACCACGCUUGCUACGACCUCUAUCGCUUACAGCUCCGACCCUCAGUGCCGCAACUACUGCAAUAUCUCGGACACCAGGGUACAUAUGACCCUCCGGAGGUACUGCCAACAGGACUAUGUUCUCCACGCGCUGGUGCUGGCGUCUGAGGGGGUAAGCCCGGCUUGGCGGCGGCUGGCCUUGCGCGUGCUGGCCGUGUACAAGCAGCGAGCGCGGCCUGUGCGCCGCGGCGGCCAGGAAGCCUGGGUGCCCAGCGCGGACCUGGCCUGCGGCUGCCUACGCCUGCGGCCCGGCACCGAAUACCUGUUGCUGGGCAGUGCGGCGAGCGGCCCCGACGCCGCACGCCUGGUCCUCGACCGCCACGGCCUCGCACUUCCGUGGAGGCCGCGCUGGGCCAGGCCCCUGCGGCGGCUGCAGCAGGAGGAGCGAGCUGGGGGCUGCCGCAACCUGCUGCCUGCAACCUGGAGCCCUGAGCCGAGCACCGGAGCCCCAGCGGAGCGGCCUGGAGAGGCUACCAAUGCCCUUGGAAGAGACCAUGAGAAGAGCCUUUUACCUUGA